CGGCGGCGCGCAAGCCGGCGCGCAAGCCCGCCGCGGCGAGGAAGCCGGCCGCGAAGCGCAAGCCGGCGGCGCGCAAGUCGUCGACGAGGAAGAAGUCGCGGAAGUAGUCGCUCUGCGGAGUCAAGGCUAAGUUGCACGUGUGUUAUUCCCUAUUGAGGUGGCGUAAAACCAGAGGAGUCGGAGAUUAGUAUGCUUACGCGGACGCCUCCUCGACAACCUUCCACCCCUCAGUAGCUCUGGACUCAAUAUCGUAGCGGUACUUCUUGGCGGCGAUGGGCGCCAGCAGACUCGUCUUCUUGGCUUCUUCUUGGACCCUAGACACGCGUUUGGUGGAGUGCGACUCGUGCCAGUCCUUCGUGAGCACUUUCGACUCGACCUUGGAACCCCCCUUCAUCUCACAGAAAUGCAGGGGGCACUUGGCCGGGAAGAGCUGGGCUAGAUAUUUGCCGACCUUGUCUGACGUAUCAUCAGAGCAGGGCGCAACUAACGCGGCCACGAUGGCCGCGGCUUCAGCCGGAGCCCCGGCUCGACGAGGCGGUCUCGGCCGGUUCGCUCGACGCGUCUGCGCCGCUUCUAAAUCAUCAAACGCCACAUCAGGCAUGUUGGGCCCCUCGGGCAAACUGCGAAAUUCCACAGCUCUACCAAGAGCCUUCCGCUCCAAAUGCGGAGUGAGGACCUUCCACCACGUCUCAUCUAAGUCCUGUAAAGAUAACGGCACGAGCCAGUAGCCGCCCGCCUGGUCAUACGUGUCCUUGGCGCCGGAGUGGAGUAACGCGACUCUUGUGUGCGCCAGUUUCUUGGGACCGAGGUUCAUCAAUUGUAAAGACGACUUCUUCGUGCGCACUUCGUCGAAGAGGCAGUCGUAGGUGGCGUCGCCGGCGUUCGGGGGCUUAUCCUCCGGAGUAACCUUGCGCCUUUUACGAGCGGGCUCGGCCGGUGCUGGUGGCGGUGCUUCCGGCUCCUCCUCGUCCUCCUCAUCAUCAUCUUGGGGCGGCGGCGCCUGCUGCUGCUCGGGCAUGAAGGCCUGCCACGGGUUCUCCAACAGUAAAGUCGCGGCGAGGUCGGGCGUCCCCGACACUUCCAGCGCGCGGCGCAGCGCCGGUUCCGGGAUGUGGGGGAACAUGGUUUGUAAUGUGGCGACAUGGUCUGCCUGGGAGCCCGGGGGUUGGGUGGGCUGGGUCUCCGCCAUCUCGAGUCGCUAUUGGCUGUUGCUUGCUUUUGGCGCGCACGUCGAGCGCGGCGCGGCGACGGCGUUCACAGUGCUGCGCAGCGCGGGGUACGGCUCCGUUGGCUCGGCUGGCGCGCGCGUGUAGCUGUGUGGCUCUCGCCUUUACGACGAGGUGGCAACCAGUGUCGUAUAGACAUACUAGCCCCGAGAGUGCUGGAGGACCUGCCAUGAAAGAAGCGGCCCGCGCCCGCCGCCGAUGAAUCGGCGACGCGCGGUGUCUUCCCCCCAGGGGCUCCGCCCACUAGUCCUAGCACCGUAACAAUUAGGGGUACCCCCGGAGCGGGAGGGGUACGGGGGACCCUGCGACGUAACUAGCCUGAGCCUGAGACCCUCCUCACAAAAUACUCCUCACAAACAAGAUAAUUAAUAGGAUCACUUCCUCUUGCGAGGGAAUGCCCCGGCAGCGGCCCGGAACGAGUCACGGCGGGACGACGCGGCUCAGGUUCAGCAUCCACGCGUAGCGCGGGUCCCCUUCAAAUUCCCGCCGGAGGCAGUCCGCCGCCGCGGGCGACGUGCGCCCGGCGAGGCCCUCGCCCCGCGGCCUUCCAGUCAGAUGCUUCGCGUAGCCGUCCGCUCGACAGACGCAGUUUGGAGAAGAGCACUGCGCCAGCGACCGCGUGACGCGGUCCACGGUCCCACAGACAUUUGAGACGAUGUCCCGAAACGCGACCUCGACGACCCUAAGAUGCGCGGCCCGCGCGGCGUCGACGCCCCGCCGCCAGAAGGUUUCGUUGGCCGCGAAGCCCGCCUUGACCCCGCCCCCGCAGAAUCGGUCGGACGCGGCGUCCCUAGGAACCCGUCUCCGGCUGACGUCGCGCUCGAAGGACGACACUUCGCGCGCGAGCUGGUUUUGCCGGAAGUCGGCCACGACGACGCCGAAGCCGAGGCCCCUGGCGGCCCCCAUCAACAGUUCGGGCGUCGCGAGGUCCGUGUCCUCCCGUAGAUGGGACGGCUUGACGUGCGCUAAUAAUUGAUUCUUUCGGGAGCACUUCCCUAGAUUCUUUCGCGUCAAUGGCGGGCGGUUUUUAGAUGGGCUGAAGCUCUCCUCGUGGCCGUUGCAGUAUUUGAGGGAGACGGUCCUUUUUAGUGUUUCGCAGAACGUGUCCGUGGCCGAGCGGCCCUCGGCCCAGAGGAGCACGCCCUGCGGCUUGUGCGACCGACCGCCGACGGGCGCCGCGAGGACCGCGAGGGCUGCCACAGGGAGGCCCACCAUCGCCCGCCCGGCACAAGGGCCUUCCUGGUCGGCUGCGCCUUCCUGGCCGAGCUGGGAUUGAGCGGUCGAGCUGCGGCCGGCGUGUGGUGGGUGCCACACAAGGCUCCUGGUGGUGGGCGCGGCUGGAAACCGAUCGUGCGCGUGGCCGGCGCGCCGCGGGGCUGCCCGGGCUGGCCAAACAGCGCGGUGAAAGCAAGGUGGCACCAGUGUCGCUUCGGCUGGAGCGCGCCUGAACGCUGUGUUGCUCUCUCGCGCUGGGCAAACCUAGCUGAGACACACUAGCCGAUCUUGAACAAUACGCUGCAAUCGCAUUUCUUAUAGCCUGGCGGCCCUGGAGGCUACUUCCACGUGCAGGCGCCGCCGGGCAGGCAAGCGGCAGCCUCCGCGAUGAGCCGGCGAUCGCAGACGCAAACGAACCGACGGCGGACGUCUCCCUGAUGCGGUCCUGGACGUCUCCCUGCGCGCGUUGCCGGCCAUUGCCGCCACUGGGUGCUCACGGACACCGUCGUAAUGUGAUGUGCGAAGGAGGGGUGUUAGAGGGGGGGAACGGGGAUCUAGUCGGCCUUCUUCUCGUCGUCGGCGUCAGCAGCCGGCGCCGGCGCAGCAGCCGCGUCGCCCUUGCGCGGGAUGGCGCCGGGCUUGCGCUCGCGCGACCGCGACCGCGACCGAGAAGAUGAGGACGAGGACGAGUCCGAGUUCGAGCGGCCGCGCGCCGCGGGCGGCGCCGGCGCCGGCGCCCGUUGUGGUGGAGGCGGGUAGGGCGUGGCGCCUUGGGGCGCGACGGUCGGCGGGAUGCCGGCGGACGCGGCCGCGGCGGCUUGUUGCGCCGCGGCGAUGCGCUUCUGCGCGUCCGUGGCCAUGUCGUUCAAUGAGGGCGGCGCCGACGAGAAGCCGCCGGCGCCGGUCGGGGCCGAGUAGUAGUCGGCGGGCGGCUUGCCCGCGUAUUGUCCGGGCUGCGCGCCGAAGUUGUUCCCGCCGUACGCGCCCCCGGCCGGCGCGCCGCCGAAGCCGGGCUUGACCUCCCAGGUCUUCUCGCGGUCGUGGACCAUGACGCCCAGCGCCGAGAGCUGGUCCCGGAGCUGGUCCGCCUCCUGGAACUGGCGCGACAUCUUGCACUGGAGGCGCCUGCGUUUUUUUUUGUGACGCCGUGCGUUAUCUCUCUCGACGUAUCGUGGUGUCCGCUCGACGGCGUCCACGCCAUGCCGUCGACGCUCCCGUCGCGGCGAUGGCGUGCCGGUCGGCUAGAUGUACUCUCGCCCCACGCCGUCGACGCGGAAAGUUUGCGACGCGGUCCGCGCACCUCUUGAGGAUCGCGUGAAUCUGCUGCUCGUCGCAGGGCGUCGUGUCGCCCUCGACGCGCAUGUAGUCAUGCCCAGUCACGGGGUCGAUGCGACCAUACGAGCGGCCCAUCGGCUGCGCUCUCCUGUGCGGAAAUCAAUCAAUGAGUUGAGUGCAACAUCGAUAGUGAGGUUGUCGCGACAAUUUUGUGCACUGGCUCGCGCCCUCCGUAAAAGCCGCCGCCGCCCUGGGGCGGGUAGCCGCCGCCUCCAUAGCCGCCGCCGCCCCCGUACUGCUGGGGCGGGGGCGCGCCGUAGCCACCUCCUCCGUAUCCGCCUCCUCCAUAGCCCUGCUGCGGCGGCGGGGCUCCGUACCCACCUCCUCCGUAGCCCUGGGGCGCGCCGUACUGCUGCUGGGGCGGGUACCCGCCGCCGCCGCCGUACUGCGGCUGCUGGUAGCCGCCCUGCGGAGCGCCAUACUGCGGCUGCUGCCCGUAGCCCUGCUGAGGCGCGCCUCCGGCCGGCGCGCCGCCGGCCGGCGGCUGCCCGGGAUAAGCGCCAUAGCCGCCCUGGGGCGGGUCGCUGCCUGGUGGCGCGGACAUAGCGUCAAGCGGUGCGUGCGCGGAGCGCGAGCGGCGGGUGCGCGUGCGCGUGCGGGUUGCGGCGGCGCGGCGGUGCGGCGCGGCGGCGCGGCGAGGCGCGUCGGCGAAGGCGCGAGGUAGUGUGGGCUAGCGGGCGGCGAGAGCGAUGCUUCUCACCGUUUGCAGCGCUUGAUGAAGUCCAGCAGACACCACGAAACUGAGCAAACAGCUGCGGAGAGGCAGCGGCAAGCCCAAAAUCACGAAAGAGGCGCCCACGCCAGCUAGCUUUGACAUACUAGCACUGUUGAGGAUCUCUCCGAGCACUCGUGCAAAUGGCACACCUCCCUGGCACCAAGCACACGCCUGGCGUUUCGAUUUUUCAGCGGACGUCUCCGGACAACAAGACCUCGUUUUGCUCUGCACGUGGGUAGCAUCGACACUGUGCGCAACGCCGGACAUAUCGGCAGCCUUUCGCACUCGCAUCAAUCAUAAUCCUGUCAGUUGCACGCUGUGCGGGCUGCCCGGCUGCUCUUGCCUGCUGCAAGACCAAACUACUGCUGUGCAAGGACCAAUAAGUGUGCGAGUCGCACGCUCGCGGGCUGCCCGAAGGACGAAACCGGAUGCACGGAGCCCUCACAACGCUCGUGGCAGCGUCCGCGGCCGCCGCCUCCGUCCGCACGCGCACCCCGAGCAAGACGUGGCGGACGCUGCGCCUCUAUCACAUCAACCCAUUACGGUUCGACGCUGAUGACAUCGCCGACAAGGACUUGGGCGACGCUGCCGGCGACGCCUUCUUCGACAUUUCCAGUAUAACGAACUACUAUGCGUGCGCGCCGGGGAGUCGGCGGGCGCCGGGCGUCGUGUGUGCCAACGCCGAGACGACUGGUCCAGACAUCGGAGUGACGGAAGUGGAAGUAGAAGUGGAAGGUGCGUUCGGUCCCUACGGCACGUGCAACAUUUGUGGCGACGAUGGACGGUCGCCACUCAACCACUCCCAGACGUGUACUCCAGGCAUGUAUGUCUGCAACUGUGAAAACGGCAAAUUUCCACCGACAACACUACCUUGUACGACACAAAUGGGCCGCGAGAACACGUCUUUAUUCCUCGGUAAGGAAGGCAUCGGCGGCUUCUGCAACGGCCGUUCCUCGUCGGUCGCGGCGUGUGCCGCAGGUUCUGCAGCGGACAAGCUGCAGGGGUUUUGGUACUCGCCGCCGAAGUCAGGCGACUGCGAAUCUGGCAAAUGCACGUGGCGCGUGAAGCGCGUCGUGAAGCGCAUACGGAGAGAUUGCCACGCGGAUCAUUUUUACUCAUCGAUCGAAUCAAAAAAUGCGAGCUGCUUCGCGCCCUGCAAAACGCGCAACUCGACGUGCUGGGUCGACUGUUUCGUGGAUACGACGCUCGGAUCCAACGCGCGGACGGCGUGCGACCCGAGUUCGGGCAUGACCGCGUCUCAAAUAGUAGAGGCCUGGACGGCGCCCUUCGAUGCCUGCCCCAGCGCAUGACAAAGUUGACCCCCCGCGCCAUCGUCAAGCGUGUGGGGGCUGUGCCGCUGUGUGGGGGAGCCCUGUUGUACCAUCGUCAAGUCUAUCGUACUACUAGUAACAGUUACUCCUUUUCCUCCUCGUCCGCGGGCGCCGGCGCCGCAACCGGAUCAGGCUCCUUGUUGAAGUCCAGCAUCUUCCGGAAGUCCAUCAGCGAGAUGCGCCCGUCGCCGUCCACAUCACCGGUCUCCGUCAGCACCGCCAGGUCGUCCUCGGAGAUCUCGCCGAACCCGAGGUUCUCGAAGAUCGCUUUGAGCACGGAAGUGUCGACGAACCCCGUCCCCUCCGGGUCGUAGACCUUGAAGGCCUCGGCGACGGGGUCGAAGUUUUUUACUUCGUUGUCGAGCAGUAACUCCCGCAGGUCAUCUAGCGUCAGUUCGCUCUGAUCAUUCAUCAAAAAUUUGUACUCCUUGUUGGGCAUAUCUUUAUAAAACACGCCUAGUCGUUUCUUGAGUUGGGCCUGGGUUAUUUUGCCCGACCCUUCGACGUCAAAAAAGUCGAAGGCGCUCUUCAGCUCUUCGUCGGUGACCAGGACGCCUCCCCUUGAGUUUCUAGGAACCAGGUCCGGCGCCUUCUUGGGGCCUUCCAACGAGCGGCGGGGCAUGGUGCUGCCUGCCUAUGGGCUGUCACACAGGGUUGGUCCGCGGCAGUCUCGAGCCGAACUGCUGCUCUUCUCGCCAGUGGCGUCGCGGCGGUCGCGUUUGGGUCGAGCUGUGCCUCGCUGUAGGGCGUGGGGCAGCCCUUUUUGGUGGUCCAACGCUGGACGCUGUGCGCCGGCCUUGUCUGGGCAUCGCACUAGAAAAAGCGGAAGAGUCGUCGGGGAGGUCUCCCAGGCGUCGGCGUCGUGCGCGCGACCGGGCUUCGAUAUAGGAACCCGCACCAUAAGUGAAUCAAACUUUAUGGCACUGCGAGCUAAGUUAGACGCAUACCUCGGCCCGGCAGGCCGGCCGACGCAGCCCCGCGCACCGUUCUACGUCGCUGAGGAGCGCUGCGACCUCGGACGCACGCGUCACUCCGUUUUGCGCUCCCACUGAAGCUGGCAUCCGUGCUACUGGGGCUACUUAGGAGUGGCACGCCGGACGACGCCGGACGAAGCUUGGGGCCAUGGACCACUUACUGCUCGGCACCGCCGCAAACAAGGUCCACGACCGCUCGCUCCAGGCGUCGGCCACGCAGAAAUGGGCCGCGUCGACGACGACGGAAGCCUUAGCCGAUGCGUUCGACGACGACGACGCCCUGAGUGAGCUGCGCCAGACGCCGGCGCUGACACAAGACGCCGCGUCCCUCGCGUCCAAAGUCUCGGACGCGACGGCGGCUCGUUUGGCCCACACUCUUGAGAGGAUCAGCCCGGACACGGCGCACACGGCGGCCGUGCCGGCGCAGACGACGCCGCGCAAGACGGACGUCCGCGAGGAUUUGUACGCGCGCCUUGGUGGAACAAGCCCUUUCCAAGGCCAGAAGGAGGCCUUCCCGCCGUCGCCCGGGGUCUCGCGCCUCGGCGAGCCGCCGACGCCGCCGCGCGUCGCCGCCUCCCAAAAAGAGCUGCCCUCGCGGCUGCACUUCGCCGCAGUCGGGGGUUCUCGCACAAAACUCGUCAAGCGCCGGCUGACGCUCUUCGCGUCGAGACGGCGGGACAAGCUGCGCCGGGCCCUGGGGCGGUGGCAGGCCCUCUCCGCGGCCUGUAACGCGCGAUUGGCCUCGAUCGAGACCGUCGAGGCUUCAUUGCAAGCGGCGGAGCAGCGGCGCGAGGGCGCCGUGGCGCUCGCGCGCGCUCUGACGGCGCGCGUCGACGCCGCGACGUCGGCGGCCUUGGAUGCGGCGCGAUUGAGGACAAGAUGCGCCGCGGAGCGACGGCGCGGCCACGCGCGCGUCGUUUUUUCGCUUGCUCGUGCGGCGAUGCGCCGCACGAAACGAGCCAUGCUGCUUCGGUCGUGGGGCAAGUGGGCUUCAUCAGUGCGUAAAUCCAAAGCCUGGGCGUCGUACAAGCAGGACGGUGAAUUAGCGCAGACGCGGGCAGAUCGAAGGAGCCGGUUUUGGGCCAGACGGUCUCUUCGACAGGCGUGGAAGGCCUGGGUUGUGUUGUCGCGGCAGUUCGCGGAGUUCCGGCGAAAACUGAAACGGGAUCAGCGGCGCGCGGCGGCCUGCGCUUCCAUCCGGAAAUUGCUGCAGAGGGUCCGCGCCUUGGAGAACCGCCUGAAACCGCACAACGACCCCUGGGCCCACCGCGACAUCCGCGAAGCGAUCGACGAGAAGGGGCGCACGUACUGGUGGGAGCGGCUGCCCACGGCCCAUAGGCACCACAGUGACGGAACGCCCAAGCCAAUAAGGAGGUGGUGGAAGGACCCGCGCCUUGCCACGGACACGGAGAAGAAAACGGUCCGCCGGAGACCGGUUGCUUCGAAGGAGCCACCUUUACACGUGCCGUAUCGACUGCUCGUCUUGCAAGCCCGCGCCGACGUCGCGCCUGCACCGAAGCGGCGCCGGCGGAAGCGCGUCGUUCGGAAGAAGGCGCUGCCGCGCGUCGCGUCUCUAGGAAAUCCGAAGCACGCGCGCCACGCGCCUUUGCAUCCUCACGACGUCGACGCGUUCCUCGCGGGCGCGGCGCCGCGGCGGCCGCUCGCGCCGAACGUGAACGUGUACCGCGUGGCGGUGCCGUUCUGA